GUUCUCCCGUGACUCCACGUUCUACUCCAUAAAACGCGACCUCCCCACCACCGCAGCCCACAACAUAUGGCCACCACCUCGACCAACAGCAGUCUUACAUUCUACCCAUCAUAUGUCUUCUCCGAAUCUCCCACCUACGAUUCCCUGGCGCGUCUCACUGCCUCCGACAUCCAGACGAACCUCUACCGGCGGCCCGAGUACGCCGGAGUGCCCGAUCUCUACUUCUUCACCGGCAGCAACCACCCGAUCCGCUGGGUGCAGGUCGUCGGAACCGUAGUCGCCUUCGACGAGUACGAGCAGAGGACGGUGUUUACACUCGACGACGGCUCGGGCUCAUGUCUCGACGUGCUGCUAUGGACCAGCAACGCCAAGCCCGGCCUGGACACUGCCGGUGUACGCCUGUACGCGGUGAUCAAGGCGCGCGGCGUGAUUACGGAGUUCCGCGGGGCGAGGCAGAUGGUGCUGAGGGCGAAGGUCGAGGUGGUCAGCAAUACGAUGGACGAGGUCAAGUGCUGGAGGAAGAUGGUGCUGUGGAAGAGGGAGGUGCUGAUGGUGCCGUGGUCGGUCGAUAAGAAAACGCUGAGGAGGGAAGGAGGGGGUGCCCGCGCCAACACUGCUGGAGGAGACACUACUGGAGGACACACUACUGGAGGAAACACAACCACCGGCAAAGAAGAAAAGAGCGCCGGACAACAGGAGGUCGCCGGAAGUGUACACCGGUAAAGUGGAUUUAUAUGCCGACCUCGAUUUCGGCACAAAACCACCCGCACCAACCAAACGCAGCGCUCGAGUGAUACACGAUGAUUAUUCGGAUCUAGACUUCGACCGAGACACCAGCAGAAGGCCUGCUGUUGUGG